AUGGCUGAUUCGGCUGCGAGGAAGAGGCAGAAGGGCUUGCAGGGCCAGGCUAUCGAGGUACAGCUUGCCGCCAACCCCGCCAACGCUCCUCAACCCGCUCUCGCUCUGUUCCCCUCGGCCCAACCACCCUCAAAGACGCCGUACACGCUCUACACAAAGUCGGGAGAGGUCACGGGAGGCGACGGCAGGAAGCGCCAGCAGGCGGUCCUCGCGGCCGAGACGGACGACGUCGAGUUUGAGAGUCGGAACCAGCUUGGAGUGGACGAGCAUGGCGAGGGAGAGGGAUACUCAGUCCAGUACAUGCUCGGCGUCCGCAACCCCCGCACCAACAUCCUGACCCUUCACGCCGCACCCCUGCACACCUUCACCCCGACCGUCAAAUCGCUCAAGUCCGCUCCCGCCUCGCAAUCCGCCGCACAGCUCAUCGCCGCUCAACGCGCCGCGCUCGGCUCGACGUUCGGUACGAAGAAGGCUAUCAAGCAGUUGCGCGCACAGGAGCGUAACAAGUUGAACGAGACGUCGUUCGGCGUCGGAUCGGAAGUCGCGGGAUUGAAGGAUCACCUGACGUUGUCGAUUCAGGCGGCGGCGGGCAACCUCCCUUCGAUGCAGACCAUCGAGGACGAGGCGAAUGAGAAGCGACCCAUCCCGCCGUACAACAAGGACGCCAAGUCGCCUGGCGAAGUGUACGACAUGGACGCUGUCGUCUCCCAAGCCGAACUCAACGCCGUCCCCCUCGGAGACUUGAUCUCUGCGCCCGACUUCAAGGCUCGGCGUGACAUGUUGCCCUACCGCCGCUCGGAUUUCAUCUCGACAAAGAUGCGCCAACUCCUCCCUUCUCGCGCAUCGGCAGAGGGAAACGUCCCGAACCCCUCGAAGCGCGACCGCGGACGCCUCCGCCUCGUCGUGCACCUCUCGCACCUCUUCCAGUUCCGCAAUACGGCUCGACCAGGCCAACUUAUCGACCGGACGAAACUGGUCGAGAGGCUGGGUAAUCCGUCGAAUGCGGUUGUGGAUGCGUUGCUUGAGCGGUACACGGAGAAGGUGAAGGGCGGAGCGGGAGGAGAGGACGCGAGGAAGGUCACGACGACGAUGGAGCUUAAGCUCUUGACCGUCGGCGAACUCUUCCGCUCCCUCGGCUGCCAACUGAUCGCCCCGUCCGCCGCCGACCGCGAGAAACUCGUCGCGACAGGCCGCGCAUCGAGUGCUGCCGAAGCCGCGAAGAGCAAGAAGGCGACGCUCAAGGUUCCGCUGCAGUUCCCGAAGGAGAGGAAGGGGCAGCCCAAGCGAUGA